AUGUCGACAGCAAAACCUGUGCGUUCUGCUACGGCAUAUAAUCUGGAGCUCGACGAACAUGUUGAUUUUUACGGUCCACCCAUAGGUAUCUGCAGUUCUAAGUCCACAGAGUGCGACGCUCAAUACCGCAUUCUUGACCAGCAGCCCAUGGACCGUAUGGCUUAUGCCGAAGCAUUGAACGUUCACGAGGCCAAGACGAUCGCGAAGUCGUACGCAGAUGCUAUCGAAGAUGAUGUGAAAUAUCUUCACCGCAUGGUUGCCGCUCAUGGUAACAUGAUCAUCAAUCGCUGGAGAAAGAAGUCUCGCGACAAACGCACCAAAACCUUACAGACAGCUUUUUUUCGCAUAUUCCCUACAAAGUGGAACUUCGUCCACGACCACUACGAUCAUGCAGAUAUCACCUGGCAACCGAUGCGAGAGUUCCGAGAGGCUCUGUUGGUUCCUUGGCUUAAUCUUGAAACAUUGAGAGACGAUUCAUACAAGUUAUUGGCACUUUUGCACGCGCGCACAAAAUAUUCUCCCGAACAAUGGGUUGCAUUCGAUAACCAUUCAAUGACAACAAGCUGGGUGACCGGAGCACUUCGCACGGAGUAUGCAGAUUGCUGUGUGGUCAUUUAUGGAUCAAAUUACGGUGAUAUUACACCAUGGAAUACCACGAAGGUCCAUCAAAUGGACAUCAUCAGCUUUCCUCGUGGAAGACUAAUUCUAGAGGUCCAGUCCAUUAUACUCAAAACACUCCGAGGUACAGUCGAAGAUCUUCUUCUAGGUGCUGAUACAGAAAGCUCCUCAAGCAAAUGGCACAUGCUUGUCGACAGUGAUUUUCGUGGCGCUUCCAGCUCUAUCGCGUGGUCUAACUUCAGUGAUCAAACUUUCAUGGCGCCUAUCUUCGAUCUUGAUCGACUUCUCAAUAUUUCAAAAGCAGCUUUCCAUGAGGCUGAAGAUCAUCUGUGGGUUCUUCAAACCGAUCCAGUUUAUUUGCAAUAUCUUGCUAAAUUGGCGAGACAAGGAUGGCUAUCUAAGGGCACUGGUGAUAGAUUUCUUCCCCACUCUUCUUGGAUGCUAUGUUACAAAGCAUUCACCACCGUGCAGAGAUGGUCGUUCCGGGAUAACAUCAACUGUGGUGAAGACUUGCCAAGGAAAUACAGCAUGGCUCUUGCUUGCCUAGAGUUAUUGUUGAUCAAUCUUCUACUUCAACGACUUAAAAAGCUCGGCGACUGUCUCCCGAGUUUCAGAAGAUUUUCUGAAGAUUACAAGAUUCUUGAUACAGGCAAUGCUGUCCGUGCUAAAUUGAACACUGAUAAAUUUCCCACAAGCAAAGCAAUGUUCUACGGUGAUCAUCUUCACUGGUGCAUAGUUCAGAUAACUGCAGAUCCUGAAGAACCGAAUAAUUAUGACGCUUCGAUGUUACUCGGAUUUUUAACUGAUUGGCUAAAUAAGGACACGACAACGGCGCAGGACAAACAACGACUUGAACCACAGAUACUCGAGAUAUUAUACGAAUUCGCAACUACCUACGAGUUACUCGCCGCAGUAAGACAACACAGACCUCUAUUUAAAGCUACAGACAUAGACACCGCUCGGAUAGAAGGCCGAGGGCGCUUAGCUUGGAGAGGGGUCCCAGACGAAGAAAGAUCACAAGGAACCGAGCGUUUAGCAGAGCUUCUCAAGAUUAUUGAAUUGACACCGUUUCCCAAAGGUAAAAAAGAUGGAGCUUGGUUAAGUAAAGCAGAUGAGGCCAGAGAUAACACGUCAGACUUGUGGGCCCACGUGCGAACAAUUCAUGCUAGCAUACUCAAGAAACAUAAGUUCUCGACCGAAAAGGACUACGAACACGACAUGACUAUGUUGUCCUACGACAGGGCUCCAGAGCAUCUUCUCGCGCUAAAACUACAAAGAGAAAGUAUUCUUCAAUCCAAAAAGCCAGUACAACAACCGACCACCGUCGAUACCAACUGGGAUUUGACUUAUGCUAUCGAAGAUCUUUCAACCUCGAACGUUUCUAACCGUUCGAAGGAGAAGACGAAGACGAGACCUGAGCAGCAGACUUCCAGUCAAUCAGAAGCUCCCGGUGUGGAAAGCGAAGAUGAUCCUUCUCGAGAAAAUCCACACAAAACCGUUCAUAUCAAGUCGCUGAAUCUACCAAUUCUUUCGCGUAUGUUCCCCAAUACGGUUGAAGAGUACGCUGCCAAGCCAUUGGAUUGGAGAACUUUUGUUUCAGCCAUGGACGACGCCGGAUUUGCAGCAAUGGAGUCUGGCGGCUCUUGUGUUACAUUUCUUAAUACUGUUGAUGGUGGUAGGAUAGUGUUCCACAAGCCACAUCCCACUGCGAAGAUUGAACAAUCUAUGUUGCAGGCGUGGGGAAAACGAUUAGGCCGCAGCAAAAUGCGUAUUCCAUUGCCUGAAUAG